GUCCAUUUUCAAUCAUGUAAUUGAUUAAAUUAACACUAGCCAGUAGAGCAUUCACCAGAAAACACUGGCCUAUGCUUAAUAUUCAACAUCUAAUUAAACCAAGAAAAGUCUUUUUGCACAAAGUCAAAUUUCUCUACAAAUUGCGUAAGAAAAGAAACGAAAGUUACUCUGCCUCCUUCAUCAUCACGCUUUUAAUUUCUUUCUUUGAUUCUCUUCCUCAGAGCAAAGAGUGACAAAACUUCUGUAUUCUUCUUCUGCAAAAGAAAAACGACUUUUUAAGUGUUUCCACAUCUGCAAUAUAUUUAUCUGUCAAGAAUUUGUGUGUUUCGGCGAGGCAAUGAAAUUUGUGUUGCUCAUUUUUCAAUUAUUUCAAAUCUAACAUGAGGAGGAUAGUGGUUUAGAACAAAGAAUCUGCAUCAACAAGUCAAUUUGAAAAGUUGUUCUGCAGCACCAUGCGGAAAACACUGAGUUCACUAUUGAAUGGCUAUCAUAGUUCUGCGGCUGCAAGGCACAAUUCAUUCAGCGCUAUAAAAAACCGGCGGGUUUCAUACAAAAAAGGACCCUUUCUUGCUGUUACUAUCAUCACCAUCUUCGUCUUCUUCGCGUUUUUCAUCUUUACAGCAUCUUUAUCUUCUGUUAGAAUUCAAACUCUGCCUAAGAUUCCCAGCAAUAAAGUUUCAAUAAACCAAACCACAAAAUUAACAGUCUCCCAAAAAAAGCAGCAAAAUCCUCAUAGAAGAGUUCAUGAAUUCCCACUCAACUGUACUAAUAAUGGAAACCAAACCAGCAACACUACCUGUCCAAGGAAUUACCCAACAAUUUUUCAAUCCGAAGAAAUCAACCCAUCAUCAGAAAUUGUAUGCCCAAACUAUUUCCGGUGGAUCCAUGAAGAUUUAAGGCCAUGGAAGGACAGAGGAAUCACAAGGGACAUGGUUGAGAGAGCCAAAAAAACAGCACAUUUUAGGCUGGUGAUUGUUGAUGGCAAGGCUUAUGUUGAGAAUUACAAGAAGUCAAUACAGACCAGGGAUGUUUUUACCAUAUGGGGGAUAUUGCAGCUUCUUAGGAGGUACCCUGGUAGAGUACCGGACUUGGAGAUGAUGUUCGAUUGUGAUGACCAGCCGGUCAUCGAAUCGCGCCACUACAGGGUUCGGAACACCACCGUUGGUCCACCGCCGCUCUUCCGGUACUGCGGUGAUAAGUGGACCAUGGAUAUUGUGUUCCCUGAUUGGUCCUUCUGGGGUUGGGCUGAAAUAAAUAUAAAACCAUGGGAAAAUUUGUUGAAAGAGAUUGAACAAGGCAACAAGAGAAGCAAAUGGAUUGAAAGGGAACCAUUUGCAUAUUGGAAAGGAAAUCCUUUUGUAGCAGAAAACAGGCAAGACCUCCUCAAAUGCAAUGUCUCCGAUACGCAUGAUUGGAAUGCUCGCUUAUUCAUCCAGGAUUGGAUACUUGAAGGUCAGCAAGGAUUCAAGCAAUCAAACGUAGCAAAUCAAUGCACACAUAGAUACAAGAUCUACAUAGAAGGCUAUGCAUGGUCUGUGAGUGAGAAAUACAUUCUUUCAUGUGAUUCAGUAACUUUAAUUGUAAAACCACAAUUCUAUGAUUUCUUCACGAGAAGUUUACAGCCAUUGCUCCAUUACUGGCCUAUAAAUGACAAUGACAAAUGCAAGUCCAUCAAGUUCGCCGUGGAAUGGUUAAAUAAACACAAACAGAAAGCGCAUGCCAUUGGAAGAGCUUCAAGUGACUUCCUUCAACAAGAGGUGAAGAUGGAGUUUGUGUACGAUUAUAUGUUCCAUUUGUUGAAUGAGUAUUCGAAGCUAUUGAAGUUUAAGCCCGUUGUACCUGAAGGAGCUCAAGAGGUUUGCUCGGAGUCUAUGGCUUGUACCAGAGAUGGUAGAGAGAAGAAGUUCAUGGUUGAAUCUUUGGUUAAAAGUCCUUCUAUUACAAACCCGUGUGCUUUGCCUCCUCCUCAUGAACCUCGAGAGCUUGGAAACUUUUAUAGGAGGAAUGUCAAUUUGAUUAAACAGGUUGAAGGUUGGGAAAGUAAGCAUUGGGAGAGUCUUAGUAAGCAGCAGUAGAGAUUCUAUAAAUAUAGAGGUAUGUAAAAUUUUGUUCAUCGGAAUGACAAUAUAUACCCUAUUCUGUAUCUAUAAUGCUAGAGAUCAAUACAAAAAUAUUUAUCCAAAUUUAUUUCUGAAAUGAUAUGAGAAUAUUGGACUUGGAAUUGGUUUCACUUAA